AUGGAUCCUGACUGCGAAAGUAAACUUUUUGCCCUGGAGAAGGCAUUGUAUGAUGAAAGCGUGGAUCCAAUCGACCUGCCUCUCUCGCUUUUGAAGGCCAUCACGAAAAACUUCCAUGAAGGUCAACAAAUUGGCAGUGGAGGGUUUGGAGAAGUUUACAAGGGAGAGCUUCGAAAUGGGAUGGUCGCAGUAAAGAAGCUUUUCGACCUUAUUGUCAUUGAUGAGAAGAAUUUCCAAAGUGAGGUUGAUUCUCUCUUAGGGGUCAGACACAAAAAUACAGUACGGUUUCUAGGAUACUGUUCCGAUACUCAACAAGUAAUGGGCAAAUUCAAUGGAGCAACCGUCUGGGCACAACGACGGCAGAGAUUACUCUGCUUUGAGUUCCUACCAAAAGGAAGCCUCGCCGACUAUAUUACAGAUCCAUCUUCUGGACUUCAGUGGGAAACACGAUAUCAGAUUAUUAAGGGCAUUUGUGAAGGUGUACAUUAUCUUCAUCAGCAGCGUAUCAUUCACAUGGACCUGAAGCCUCAAAAUAUACUACUAGAUGGUAAUAUGAUGCCCAAAAUUGCGGACUUUGGUCUAUCAAGGCGCCUAGGUGAAGACCAAACCCGGAUCAUCACAGAACACAUAGUUGGAUCACGGGGAUAUUGGGCACCAGAAUUCAUAGGAAGCGGAGUAAUAACAUUGAAAGCCGACAUAUAUGUUCUAGGUGUAAUUUUCCUAGAGGUGCUGACAGGGUGUAAGGGGAGCGUCAAAGUUGAGGAGGUACUUGAAAGUUGGAUGAACGUGCUUGAAACAACACCAGAGCGCCAUAUACUCCUCGAACAAGUAAAAUUAUGUGCUGAGAUAGGGAUACAAUGCAUGAACAAUGAUCCAAAGAAUAGGCCUACUACAUGGGAUAUCAUCCUCAUGCUCUUUGAUGAAGAAGAAAUUUCAAACUGGUCUGCCAGAGGUGUUGUAAGGAGUCCAUCUAUAGCACAGGAAAUGCCUCUCAUCGCCAAGUUGGAGUAUGAGCUGAAGUUGAUGAAUUUGUAUGGACGACCAUUCUUACCAAAGCGAGUUAGUGCACUCAAGAGAAUAGAAGAGACAAGCACUGAGACAAUACACCUUGGGUUUACGGAUAGUAAGAUCCUGGAUAUCCACCCUCUCAAGCUCCAGUUUCCCUUUGAGGCCGGCAAGCAAACCAGUUGCCCGUUGAACCUAACCAGCAAGGCAGAUCAAUAUGUUCGCUUUUGUAUUAUACCAGAGUUCAAGGGUAUGUACUUGUGUGAACAAAAUGAACUUGUGGAUCCAAUGUCCACUUGUGGAAUUAGCAUCACAUUGGUGGAGCAACAGCAGCGCCUGCUAAAGAUGAUCUAUAUACUGAUGAUCACGUCCGAGAGCAAGUCUGCGCUCGAAAAUUUCAUGGCAUCCUUUAGCUGGGAUGAUAUGAUGGACAAGGUGGAUUUACCGCAGCGAGUUGAGGAGCUGGGGUGUCAGAUGCAUGUGACGAUGCUGACGGGUGCAGUCUGCCCACAAAGUGCGACAACAAUAACACCCAAGAUUAUAUUCACCAAGGAAUCUUUUUCGUUGAAUACAAUGGAUGUACAUCCAAUGGAACCAUGGAUUUUGGUAGUUGAGAACCACAGACAAGUUUCCAUUUGGGACUACUGGAGACAGACAGUAGUGAUGUUGUUUGACUCCAAUGAGAAACAAAGUUGGGUUAAGAAGAUAGUAGAUGACUUUGUCCAGGUUCAUGCGGCAAAGUGGAUCGCACGGAAGCAAUGGUUUGUAACUGGGGAAGUCUAUGGGAACGUCCGUGUGUACUCGUGUGUUACAAUGACAGAGAUAAAGAAAUUCCGAGCUUAUUUUUCUGCUGAUAUCAAAGCUUUGGCGGUUCACCCAACCUAUCCAUUGCUAAUAACGCUAGCAGUAUGGGAUAAUUGUGAGGACCCCAUCAGGCUUUGGGACUGGGAUAUGGGCUGGAAAUGUUCUCAGAGAGUUAGCGGGGGCUCAGCAUGUGGACCUGACACUCGGUUCAGGUUUAAGUUUAACCCCAAGGACACAACAACAUUUGCUGCUGCACACAACGGAGUUAGCCACGUCUGGUCAAUUAAUUCUUCCAAGCCUCUCAUCACAAUAAUGCCCCCGAACUGUCACAGGGACGUGUGUGACUACAUGUACACUGAUAGUCACCCACUAAAUGUUAUUACCUCUGGUCAGCACGGUGGUUUAAGGGUAUGGGAUUUGCAGACAGAGACGUGUGUUCAUGCAAUUUCUUUAUGCUGGAAGGCUGUUGACCUUGUCGUUUGCCACCCAGAACUUCCCCUGAUAGUUGCAGUAGGUUCACGACAUGGGGGUGACAUUACUGUUUGCUUCUGGAACUCCGCUAACUACAGGCUUCUGAAGACUUUUCAAUGGAUGCAUUACAGUCAGAUUGUGGAUAUUGCAUUUGUAGGCUCAAGAAGGCUUGUCAUCAGAUACCGUCGAGGGAUAGAAGUCCUGGACAUGGACCUGGAAGCAUUAUUGCGUCAGCAGUAG